UUUCCUUCUUUUAGGUUUUAGUGAUUCCACUAUCAAGAAGGCCAGGUGAAGAACACGAAAAAGAACAUCCACGACCCUCCACAGGCAACCUCUCUAUUCCCGAUUUUUGAGGUCGAAGCAAGUAUAUAAACCACUCCAUCCCAUACGAACCAAAUCACAAAUACCUUCAGCAAUCUCUUCUUUCUCAUCUACUACUCCCACUUACUCUACUACUUCUCUUACAUCCUCCUUUCAUUCCUUCAUUUCCCUGAGAGAGAAGAUGAGUAGGCCAGGAGAUUGGAAUUGCAGGUCGUGCCAGCACCUGAACUUCAGCAGGAGGGACUCCUGCCAGCGAUGCGGUGGCAGCAGGUCCGGCGAGAGAGGUGAGUAUGGAAGCUUUGGGGGAAGGGGUGGAUCAUCGUUCGGCUUCAGUGGGUCGGACGUCCGGCCAGGUGACUGGUAUUGCUCUGCGGGGAACUGUGGAGCCCAUAACUUUGCAAGCCGGUCAAGCUGCUUUAAGUGCGGAGCUUUCAAGGAUGAGUCAGCUGGUGGGUUUGAGGGCGACAUGCCACGAUCAAGAGGCUUUGGCUUUGGCGGCGGUGGUCGCUCUGGAUGGAAAUCUGGUGACUGGAUUUGCACCAGGUCAGGCUGCAACGAGCACAACUUUGCUAGUAGGAUGGAAUGUUACAGAUGCAACGCUCCAAGGGACUCCGGUAACAAACCUUCAUAUUGAACAUAAAUUUUCCAAUUUUGGGAACUGCAGUCUAAGGACAGAAUUAAGGAGAGAAGGCAUCUCAUCAUAUGAUAUCCCAAGUUACUUCUUUUUUUUUUCGUCCACCACCUUUGUUUUCCUUUUUUUUUUUUGGUGCUACCUAGGGUGUCUAAGUGAAGCAUGGUUGAAUAUCCAUGCCCACAUAAGGCUGUUCUGCUCAGCAUGUUGUUAUAAUUAGCUUUCUCAUAAAAAGUAUAGCCAUGUAGCUCUCUGGUGUUUCCAAUCUACUUCUCUGUGUCAUUUGUAUGUGUUGGAAGGAGGGUUCCUAGCAGAAUAGUUCAAGGUGAUGAAUGGCGUUUCUUUUCAAGAAGCUUAUGGGACCACUGCUUCUUUGCUUUUAUUAAUAGAGAUACAUAUAUUUAGCAUUUACAUUA